ACCCCUUCUCUGGGUUUUCACUCUGAAGCGCUACACAACUUUACACCUGAAUGAACGCCAAACCUCUGUGGAUAUAUAAAGGGAACUUUGAGGAGGAAUUUCACAGUUCCAGGGCAGAAGCAGAAGGAAAGGAAUUAGCCAGCUCUCCAGUCUCACUCACCAUGCUCCCUCCUGCCAUUCACUUCUAUCUCAUCCCCCUUGCCUGCAUCCUCAUGAAAAACUGCCUGGCUUUUAAAAAUGAUGCCACAGAAAUCCUUUACUCGCAUGUGGUCAAGCCUGUCUCAGUACACCCCAGCAGCAACAGCACGUUAAAUCAAGCCAGAAAUGGAGGCAGGCACUUCAGUAACACGGGACUCGAUCGGAACAGUCGAGUUCAAGUGGGCUGCCGGGAACUGAGGUCCACCAAGUACAUCUCCGACGGCCAGUGCACCAGCAUCAGCCCGCUGAAGGAGCUGGUGUGCGCCGGCGAGUGCCUGCCCCUGCCCGUGCUGCCCAACUGGAUCGGGGGCGGCUACGGAGCCAAGUACUGGAGCCGGCGGAGCGCGCAGGAGUGGCGCUGCGUCAACGACAAGACGCGCACGCAGAGAAUCCAGCUGCAGUGCCAGGACGGCAGCACGCGCACCUACAAGGUCACGGUGGUCACGGCCUGCAAGUGCAAGCGGUACACCCGGCAGCACAACGAGUCCAGCCACAACUUCGAGAGCGUGGCGCCCGCCAAGCCCGGCCAGCACCCCCGCGAGCAGCGGAGGCGAGCCGGCAAAGUGAGCAAGCACAGCCUGAGUUAGAACUCGCGGCCCCACUGACUCGGUGCCCAUCUGCCCGACAGACCCCGGUCGUCGCUUGGAAGACUCUCCAGCCCCGCCACUGCUAUUUUUCUCUCACUUGAAAGUAGACGCUCUCCCGCUUUGAUCAGACCCAGCCAAGCUGUUCUGAGGACUGGGACCUUCUCUGGUCGAGCUUUCCAAGAUGUCCAUGUAAAUCCUGGCAUCCAUCCCGUCGCUUUGCAAUUCCCCACCGUUUCUUCAAAGGACGGUUGAACGUGUACCCUUGGCUGAAUGGGGAAACAGAAAAGCGCGCCUCUCCUACUCCACCCUUGCCCCUCUUCUCCCCCUGCCCUUUCCAAACAAGAGCCCUUCAAAACAGAAAAGUUUAUUUUAUUUUAUUUUUUUUUCUACAGUGUAUUUACAGGGCAUUUCAGAAAAGUGAGUUUCCAGUCAUUUUCUUGGGAACAGUCUAGAAGUCAGGAGUGCUCUUCCUUUCAAAGAGAGAAGGAAGACCUUGAGGCGCUUCACUUCAAAAAUAAGCCCUGUAGCUUUCUGCAGCCUCAUAGUCUGAAAUUAUACCCUGCAUGCUGACCCUCGCUCGGAAUGGAAUGUCAGAAAUGUAUGGCAGCAACUAAUAAGGAAAGCUGAUUAUUUAUUUGUCAAUGUUCUUAUUUAAUGAGCUUCACGUGUGAUUUAUUUUUCAAAAUAUUAAUUUUUUAAUGUCUUGAAGCUUUUUUCAUGUACCUAAAUAUUUUCCUAUAUGAUUUUGUGGUUGAUCUAGACAUAUGAAAAUACAUGUUGUAGAUAUGUAAAAUAAAUAUCUUAGUCUCCCUAUAGAUCAUGUGUUUUAUCAUGAACUUUAUAGCAUGGGUCUUUUAAAACCAACAAGGUGAUUUUAAAACUGAAACAAGUAAUAUUUUCUUAUUUAGUCUAUGUAGUCCAAAGGUAACCUGAACUUUAAUACCAGUGGUUUCUCUUAACAAAAAUAAACACCGCUAAAUGUUAUUGUCCUUGACUCUAACAUGUAUUAAAAAGUACAUGUUUGAAAAACUUGUAGAAUAAAGUUUUAGUGUUACUACA